AUGGCGAGCAGCGCCGGCGAUGAUGCCACCCUCCGGAAGCUGUUCGGAGGCGCGAUGGAGUGCCUGCUGCCGGCAGCGUACGUGGACGUCAGUGACCUUCGACAAGUACCCGAUCACCAGGAGGUCUUCGCCAGCAAGGAGGACGGAAUCAGCAUUGUCAUUGAAGUUUUAUCCUUUGAGGCCGACAUCAACAUGGACGAGCAAGCCAGGAAAGACGGUGCAAGUGCGCGACAUUUUUUCGACGAUCUUGCGGCGGCUAACGGGGCGACGAGCUCUGCCUGCGAUUUUUGCGGCGAUCUGAGCGACAGCAUCAUGCCGAAGCUCGCAUCGUACACCAAGUCAGCCCUGGCAGGCCGUCAGACGGUGGCCAAGUUUCGUCAAGACGCUCCUCCCGACGCUGUUCGGCUGUACCUCGUCAACGUCCGGCUACCGAAUGUCGGAACCGAUCUCCUCAUCACGGUGAACGUUCCUUGUCCCGACCAAGACACCGCCGUGAGGACCAUGGCAGGCGCGGAAUGCUUUUGCUCGGGACCGUCGAGACACACAGCUGGCGCGAACGAGGAGAUUUCAACAGGAGCGCCCUUGAUUGACGCGAACAAAACAUCAGAAACAGCCUCCGGUGCACAUGCUGCUGCCGACGGCACAGCGGCGGGAACAGAUAAACCGUUCAAGAGCGCUGCGGAUUUCUCCCCGGAGGCAACUGUAGAUGGGGUUGGUGGUGUGGACAAGCCAGAGGGUUCCGGAGAGAUUGAGGCGGGAGUUGGGGAGGGGAAGGGGGAGAAACAUUCAUCUCCUGGAGGAGGGGACGAUGUUGACUUGGGUGUAGCGGCCCUUCGGACCCUCUUGCAGUCUUUUGCCAUAUUGGAUUGGUCGCUGUUUGGCUAGGUAUCGACCGGGGACUAUGUAUUGCUACACUCAGAGAAGAAAACAAAAACCUUUCGUAUAAUGCUGCUGUUUUCAAUGGGUUUCCUGCUAAAAGAGACAAAAGGAAAAACUGUGGCGAGUGAGCUAUGCAUACGACGAGAGCACCAAGGCUGUCUAUUCGCGCAGUAGCGCACAAGCAUUCCGCAGGCCUUUGUGACGAGCUGGACAAGCCAAGACAAGAACGAAACUACAAAAAAACAGAUGGCUGACUCAAGACGGAAGUAAACGUCCACCAAGCGCAACGAAAGACAAGCGCUAUACCUGCUACAGCAAGAGGAUUGAUCGGUCUUAUCGGCGGUCUCUAUGCCCGGUCGCACACAACGCACAUCAGACAUGUUGUAUCUUGGUUUGUCAUGGUGCCCGACCGCUGCCCUCAUAGACUGUGCUUCCAUCCGUACGCCACUACAGCUGCCAGGUACCGGAGCGGCCUUAAAACGAGACAAAAAAAGGCCAUGGGAACAUGUUUUCUUGGAAAAUUCUGGAGGUCAGAAACCUCUCGGCCCCCAUUUCCAAUAAAAUUGUGUUCGGCUACCCGGGUUCUCCGCAUAAUUUUCCGGAACAUAAUAAAUCAGAAAAAAUCGCGGGAAAAUCAUACACUUGCAACUUCUUAGAAAAUUCCGAACAUCUUCUUGGGCUCGUCGGCCUUGACCU